CCGAAUCGGACGAGAAGCCCAGUGAUGGAGAGAGAUUUGGUUAGAUAUUUAGUAACAACCUGUUUGGAGACGCUUUAGUACACCGCUGAUCAGGUGGGACUUGAACCCGGACCUUCUGGCCCAGAGGCAAGGAUACUACCACUGUGCACAAGACCCUACUCGACAGACUCUCCAGAUACUGUCUUCGACUCAGCAAACAUUGGAAGGUACGAGGCAGAAAAUACAGUGAGAACAAGGAAGAAUGCAAAAAGGUCAAAAGCAAGGUGAAAAGCCUACUAGAGAAGCAAAGAGGAAUAACGAAAGGAAAGUCCUGCACCCAACAUUAAAGUGGUGGGGAUCUGGGACCUACAUGAACAGGGACUGUAACUCUCAGUAAUCAGUCAGCUAAAAGAAUUGUUAAUGCUCAUCACAGAGCAUUAAGACGGAAGUUAGAAUACUUAAUUCAACGUCAAAUCAAGUCAAGAAAAUGAAAUAAGGAGCAGGAACGAAAGAUUAUGUUCGAAGAGAGAGACAUAAAAAGACAAAGAAAAAAUAAACAUAAAAUCAUCAGCAGCAACAAUUAAAAUCUGAACGAACUCCACCUCUUCAAAAAGAGGAAUUCUCAUUUUGGUUAUACGAGACGUGAUCUGCUGGCGAGCGACGUUAUCUGCUUUUGCUAAAGAAAUCCUGGCGAAGAAAAGUGUUUUUUUUAAACACUGGAGGCGUGAUCUAUGGGAAUAAGACUGAGCGGAACCCGAGCUCGGCGAAGGACGAUGCUGAGUUUGAGCUGGGAAUUGGAAGUCUAGAUUUUCCAACUUUCUACUUCUUCAUUUCUGUCUCUUGCCUGCGAUUUGAUACAGCAAUCCUGGACUCCAAAGAGUUAAAGAUGACAAGGGAACAAUAUAUCUUGGCAACACAACACAACAACCUACAGAGACCUGAAAAUCAACAAGUUUACCAAGUAGGAAUUUAUGGUUGGCGAAAGCGGUGGCUAUACUUUUUUGUGCUCCUCCUAAUGGUGACAAUGAUUGUCAAUCUUGCAUUGACAAUAUGGAUAUUGAAAGUAAUGAAAUUCUCGGUGGAUGGAAUGGGUAACCUGAAAAUCACAAAUAAAGGGGUACGGCUGGAAGGCAAAUCCGAAUUCCUCCUUCCAUUAUAUGUCAAAGAAGUUCACUCACGAAAGGACAGCCCACUGAUGUUGCAGUCUGACAGAAAUGUAACCGUGAAUGCUCGCAAUAACCUUGGACAGAUUACUGGGCAACUGACAGUUGGUUCUAAUUCUGUGGAGGCCCAGUGCAGAAAAUUUGAAGUGAAAGCACAGGAUGGCAAGAAGGUACUGUUUUCUGCAGAUGAAAGUGAAAUUGCCAUCGGGGUUGACAAACUACGUGUGACAGGUCCAGAAGGUGCAGUGUUUGAACAAUCAGUGGAAACACCUCAUAUCAGAGCUGAAUCCUCACAAGAACUCAAGCUGGAAUCUCCAACUCGCACUCUGACAAUGGAAGCCCCAAAGGGAGUACACGUUACUGCAGCUGAAGGAGACCUCAAGGCAACCUGUCGAAGAGAACUACAGCUCCAGUCUACAGAUGGGGAGAUAUUCUUAAAUGCAAAAACAAUCCGAUUGGGAAACAUCCCCCAGGGCUCCAGCUCUUCACCCUCAACCAGUCCUUUGAACCUCCGUCAGACUGUAUACGAGGUGUGUGCGUGUCCCAAUGGCAAACUCUUUCUAUCUCCAGCAGCAGCAGGGUCCACUUGCCAGUCGAACAGCAAUGUCUGUUUGCGGAUUUAAGCCCAUGGACGCUAUCAUGAUUCUACCACCGUAAAAGCCUUUCCUGUACUAUCCCUUUGGCAUCUGUUUUGACUCUCACGUUGAAUCAGGAACUACAAUGAUGAUACAAAGUCUCUACUGCUGCUUGGUAGGAGAAUGUGGCUACGCUUCAAAUGGGAACGGACCAGUUGGCGUAUGAACUGUCGCUGAGGAGACAUGCCUCUGCUCGGGGACCCUGGAUACCAACAUUUACCAGAAAGAGGGAGAAAUACACAGGUGCCUUUGCUAAUCUAAGUAAAGCACAUAGUUUUUUUUAUUGUUAGCAGGACCUGAUUAUGAAAGAAUUGAACAUUUAGUACCACAAAUACAAUAAUAAAUAAUUUCUCAGAACUUUAUUUCCCUUUCAAACAUCUAAAUGGACUUUGGUUUUACCAUAUAAUAAUAAACUGGAGUUCAAAAAAAUUCCUUAGUAGCUUUGAUUGAACAUUUAAAUAUCAGUUGGUAUUUGCAUGUCAUUCAUUUGGAAAGGAAUGGAUCAAUUGUUCAUUCUUGACUUAUUUUUCAAAGGAAUCAUACCAACUCAAACUCUCCAGGAUCUCUCAUUAAUGACGGUAAUGAUGGUUUUGUAUUACUGUUUUUUUUUGUGUGAUGUGGUAUAAACCAAAGAAUUGUCCAUGUGAUGUAAAUUCCAACCUGCACAAUGCAGCUGCUACUAAAUAGUAAGUUAGCAUCAAGAGAUUCUUAAGGAUUUGUUAGAGGGAUGAGCGAACAUCCACCUCAUAAAUCGAGCUGAAAAACACCCACGAGAUAUAACCUGGUCAAAAAUCUAGCCAGUAUAUCCAGGGUCAGCCCCAAUCAAGACCAAAUUUCAAAUCUUUAAUUUGUCAUUUUCUCUCCAACAAACUGAAAAAAGUAGUGUUCCCUGAACCUAGCAAAGCUUGGUUUGGCCUGGCUCUAAUGAACCACUUAAUUUCAACCUUGGAUGUACACUCACCCCUAAAGGACAUCACAGGUAAUCUUUUCUGUAUUACACCAGGCCUGCUAGCCAUUUUCCUUGCUUUCUUUACUGAUCUCAUUAAAGUACAUUUUCUUUAUGUAUGAGAAAUUUAAUCUGAAUGAUAAAGGAAACUAUUUUCUUACACAUUCUAUGCAAAUGUUUAUAAAAUUGCAAUAUUGCCAAAAUGACAAAAGCUGUGCUUUUGUACCUUAUGUCUCUUGCUUUAUGUAAAAUUAAAACAUUUUUUCUACUUAUAAGAAAUGAGCUGUAUGUCUUGUUAACCAUAGCUAAGGGUUAUUAGCCCUCUUGUCAAACUUAUUGCACCCUUAUGGAUUAAAAAGAACAGGUUUGAAAAGUUGCCAGCUAAAUUAUUUUUAACUUCCAAAGUAAAAAACACAAAACGGAUUUGGCUACAAUUUUCUUCCAGCAAAAGCAGCCGCCUCCAAAUCAAGACGGUGUUGGCAAUCAACAGACCCUUGGCCAACUAGGUCAGAGAUAGGCAUUCUACUAACUGUGCUUGCAGAGGGGUUGACAUCCGGUGGUCAUUGGCAAGCAUUUAAAAUGUUUUCCUUUUGUUGCAAUGUUCUUUUGCAACAAGCUAAGUGAAGCAUAGAAAGAACAAUGAAUUUUGAUAAGAAGUACCUUCUCUGAAGAUGCACUUUUGUAUUCCUGAAAAUGGGGAUGUGGUUCCCUCCACACCAAUAAUAGUGAAACAAAAAAGAAUUAAAACAGUUCACAAAUAGCUAUUUAGGAAUUGUUUUAGUUAAUACUUCUCAUGCAUGUGAUUAAGCACCAAUAAAUUUCAGACUUAGUUUCAGUCUGAACAUAUAUGUACCAUCCUCAUUCACUUCCCUUCGAGAGUCUGAUCCAAAAACAAUGGAUGUAAUUUUAAUUUGCUAAAAUCAAGUAGGUUUAGGUCAGGUGGGACAAUAAAAUUAAAUGUUAAAAUCAUAAUAUCAUCUAAAACAUGACACUUCCCAUUUCAGUGGAAGCAGGAUGGGUAGAGUGGUGUGGUGGCAAUCAUUACACUCCCAUGAGAUAGAGUGGCAAUUUAAAUUUCAUAAUGAGGAUACAUGUCUCAUAUUUGCUACUAUUUUAAUUUUAACUCUGAGUGGCCCAAUUCUCCAGGCCUUGAAGAAAUCUGACAAUUCAAGGGAAUACUGGAAUUCCAGUUGAAAUGCUGGAUGCAAAAGUUGUAAACUUCCAGUUACCUGCUGGGUCCUGUUCAUCUGCUCUACCCAACUUCAGAGCAGUCUUCCUUCCUAUCUUCAAGGUCAUGUCUAGCCCAAUGUUUUGUUCACAAUUCAUGAGUACUAAUCAAAACGUUAACAGUUUAGUAGGUUAGGUGAUAAUGGCUUGGUUACACCUCAUUAGCCUGGAAUUACAAUGUGGUGGCAAUUUAUAAGGAGCCUGAGACACACAAACGGGAGUUAUAAUGAAGCAUAUGUGCUGAACCAAACUUGCAAGGUCAGUUCAUCAAACUGUUUCAAUUACGUAUCAAUUCAAAUGUAUGUAGACAGUUGGCCAGGGACCGAUUUUUUUGUUUUAAAUGAUCAAUAAGUUUCAGAGCUAAUCUGGGAGGCAUGAUUUAAUUCAGUAAAAUGGAAGGUCCCGCAAUAAAAAAAAGUGUCCAGCUAAAUUUGAACAUAAAGUUACAAUAUGGUCAAUAUAACCAAUGAGGAGCUGGUUUUGGGUGCAGUUUCUGUACGAUAAAAUGUUGACACUGUCAAUGAUAAAUGCAGAGAUAACAAGGUGUGAAGCUGGAUGAACACAG